AUAUUGUGGCUUGGAGACCGCUCAGCCAAUCAGACAGCUCGACGUCUUAACCCGGUGACAUCAUUUAUUUAAACAGGAAGUCUUUUACAUAUGUGCAGCGAAAUUCAAGCGUGCCCGUGGAGGAGGAGGUGAUGUGGAAAACGACUUGUUCGCCCCAAGCAUGGUGACGUUGUUGGAUGGGAUCAGCCAGCAGCUGGAUUUCUGCAGCUGCGAGGAGGAAGGGAGCAGCAGCAGCGACAACAGCUCGGACUACUACACCUCCAUGAUCCACAGCCCCAGGAUCCGCAGCCCCGGCUCUGCUUGCAGGACGCCCGUAGUGCAACGCCACCGCAGCAGAAGCCGCACCGUGUCCUCUCCUUUACAGCUCACCAGCCCCAUUCCUUAUGCUGCCUGGAGGAAGCUGAGGCUCUGUGACUCUCCAAACACUCCCAAGAGUUUGCUAUCGAAGUCGUCCCAGCCUUGCUCCAGCUCUAGGAUUAGUCGCCAUCAGAGGACCCUACGAUUCGCCUCAACCGUCAACGUGAAUCCUUUCACCCCGGACACAGUGCGCAGAAACAGCGAGCCGCAGGGCAGGAGUGACGAUGACGACGACUAUGGGCGCAGGUUGAAACACAGCCUAACGUCAUCUGAAGAGGAUGAUGAAGCCUUUCUCCCACCAAAGGCCCUCCAUCUGUGUAUCUGGCAGAGACGAGCCGUCCAACCCUUGAUGCUGUCGCGCUAUGAGAGCGAGUUCCUGGAGCUCGAGUGCAUCGGUGUGGGCGAGUUCGGGGCAGUUCACAAGUGUGUGAAGAGGCUGGAUGGUUGCUUGUACGCCAUAAAAUGCUCUCGACGACCCCUGGCCGGCUCUGCCAAUGAGCAGCUGGCCCUGAAGGAAGUUUAUGCACAUGCUGUUCUUGGACACCACCCACAUGUUGUUCGCUAUUAUUCCGCAUGGGCAGAGGAUGAUCACAUGAUUAUUCAGAAUGAAUACUGUGACGGUGGAAGUCUGAAUAAUGCCAUUGUGAAGAAGGAGGUCCAGGGGGAGCUUUUUACUGAGGCUGAGCUGAAGGAUCUGCUCUUACAGGUGUCUAUGGGUCUGAAAUACAUCCACAGCUCAGGCCUUGUGCACCUGGAUAUCAAACCAAGUAAUAUAUUCAUUUGCCAGCGUCCCAGCAGCAGUGCUCCGGGUGAGGGGGAGAGUGAGGAGGAAGAGGAUGGAGGCGCCGCAGCUGGAGUCAUUUACAAAAUUGGCGAUCUGGGUCACGUUACAUCGAGCAACAGCCCUCAAGUUGAGGAGGGGGACAGCCGCUUUCUAGCCAGCGAGGUUCUACAUGAGGAUUACAGCCACCUCCCCAAGGCGGACAUAUUUGCUCUGGGCCUUACAGUGCUGCUGGCAGCCGGCGCUCCUCCUCUGGCACAAAAUGGAGACCAGUGGCACAGUCUCAGAGAGGGGCGGCUCCCCAAACUGCCUCAGGAGCUCUCACCGGCCUUCAGAGGUCUACUGCAGCUGCUGCUGGAUCCAGACCCCACGAAGCGUCCAUCUGCCAGGGAGCUCUGCAAGCACACAGUCCUGAGGGGAAAGAGAACCGAGAGGCUGGCGGCUCAGCUACGCAGGGAGCUCAACGUGGAGAAGUUCAGGACAGCCAUGCUUGAAAAAGAGCUCCAGGAGGCCCGUCAGGCAGCUCUGUCACCCAAGCAGAACCUCCCUCCAGGGCUGAAACCCGCAGCUAGGAUGGGGUCCCUGCCUGGAUCAGGGAGGAGGCUGGUUGGGAGGAAGACGGGACGAUCCAUGAGCUUUGGUUGCCCGGGUUACGGACACUGACGGGGGACCAUGUGAAGCCAGUCCUUCCACUGGGAUGUGGCCCUUUCUGCAACAACACUGAGGCAGGAAAAUAGGACUCCCUAAACAGGAUUAAUACCAGAAAUGACGACAUGGACAGUCCUUGUUUGUGUCUUCUGAGUGGACUGAUCUUUAAAGGACAAAUCUGAGAUAAUUUCAGCUUCAUCUAACUGCUGUGGACCAAUAUGCUUAUCUGGUCAGAAGCUUCUUUUAUUUCUUUUUAAAACUGUAAAUAAACAUUUUAAGCAUUUUAUCAAU